GUGUCAGUUUGUUUACAGCUGCAGACAUGGCGGUGGACAUCACUUUACUGUUCAAAGCCAGCGUAAAGACGGUGAAAACCAGGAACAAGGCCAUAGGAAUAGGCUUCGACUCGACCAAAGAUGAAAUAUUCAAGAGGAGCAGACCGAAGAGCGGCUUCUCUCCGAAGGCGAAAGAAGUGGUCAUGAACAUCACCAAGCUGAAAGACUUUCUGCUGCAACACAGAAAAGAUUAUGUGAGCGCUGGAAGCCUCAUUUCAUCAGAUAUAUCGCGCAUGACGGACAGUGAGCGAGACCAGAUCGACCAGGAUGCUCAGAUCUUCAUGAGAACCUGUUCGGAGGCCAUCAAGCAGCUGCGCAAUGAAGCGGAUAAAAGUGUAACGACAGCUCAGAUAAAGGAGCACAGAGGAGCCGUGCUCGACCUCGUCGACAUGUAUCUGAAAGGAGUGUGUAAGCUGUACUCAGAACAGAGGGCAAUCAGAGUCAAGAGGAUGGUGGACAAGAAGAGGCUAUCAAGACUGACACCAGAUCACCAGAACCGAGUGGAGAGACCUGUGGAGCCCACAGAGGAGAAGGUCGUAAAGGAGGAAAGUUCAGAGAAGAGUGUGCCAGAGGUGCCAGAAAACCCCGUCAGCCUGUGGGAGGAGGGCCGGAUGGAAGACGAGUUGUCUCCAGAGGAGAUCCAGAUGUUUGAGCAGGAGAACCAGAGGUUGGUCAGUGAGAUGAGUAACCUCGUGGAUGAAGUUCGGCAAAUUGAGGGGAAGGUGGUGGAGAUUUCCAGGCUACAGGAGAUCUUUGCUGAGAAAGUCCUGCAGCAGGAAACUGAGAUCGACAGCAUCCAUCAGCUGGUCGUUGGAGCGACUGAGAACGUCAAAGAGGGAAACGAGGAUAUACGAGAGGCCAUCAAGAACAACGCCGGCUUCCGGGUGUGGAUCCUCUUCUUCCUGGUCAUGUGCUCCUUCUCCCUCCUUUUCCUGGAUUGGUACGACAGUUAACGCCGCUGCCUCGGCGGAGGGACACAGCGCUGAAGCCGGCACAUGUUAGAAACCUCUUGAAGAAGGGAGAACGGCACCGAGACUGACCGUCCAGAUGACUCUGUUGGAGCUGAUCGACCCCCCCGAUGGACGGCGGGAGUCAAAGUGAAGGAAACGGCUGAUUCACAGUUUACUUCUGUUCGACGCCUGUGGGGUUUUCCAGACGAACGCCUAUGGAAGCACGCUUUGUACGAAGCACUGUGUCCACUUUAACAGUCAGACUUCGUCCUGCACUAAAACAGCCGUGUUCUGACACCAGAGACUAUCUGCAGCCUCACUUGUUUUAAUAUAAAUGCCUCAGUUUAUGCCUUCAUGUUAAACCUCGUCUUUUACUUGACUUCCAGAUGAAAUAGACAAAUCACUUUGACAUCUGACACUUUUAACUGUAUCAACCACUCAAGGUCCAGUAAAACCAUUUAACACCUCUG